GUGGCCGCCGCCGCCGCCGCCUCCAUCCUCCCUCCGGCCCGGCCCGGCCCGUCCCACCGCCAGUCCUGUCAGCCGGCCGGGCGGCGCCGCUAGGCAAGGCCGAGGCUUCGCCGGAAGAGUAGGCCGCACGGGGACCGGCCCAGGCCCGGACCUGCGGGGUACUAUGGGGGAGACGAAGAUCAUCUAUCACCUGGACGGCCAGGAGACGCCCUACCUGGUGAAGCUGCCCCUGCCCGCCGAAAGGGUCACCCUGGCCGACUUCAAGGGCGUCCUGCAGCGGCCCACCUACAAGUUCUUCUUCAAGUCGAUGGACGAUGACUUCGGAGUGGUGAAGGAGGAGAUCUCGGACGACAACGCCAGGCUGCCGUGCUUCAAUGGCCGGGUGGUGUCAUGGCUGGUGUCAGCCGAGGGCUCGCAUCCGGAACCCGGCUCGGACAACCCGCCCGAGCUGCCGCCCCCGAUGGAGCGCACGGGGGGCAUCGGGGACUCGCGACCCCCCUCCUUCCACCCCCACACCGGGGGAAGCCAGGAGAACCUGGACAACGACACGGAGACGGACUCGCUGGUGUCGGCGCAGCGCGAGCGGCCUCGCCGGAGGGACGGCCCCGAGCACGUGCCCCGGGUGAACGGAACCGCCAAAGGGGAGCGGCGGCGGGAACCGGGAGGCUACGACAGCUCCUCCACCCUGAUGAGCAGCGAGCUGGAGACCACCAGCUUCUUCGACUCGGAUGAGGACGACUCUACCAGCAGGUUCAGCAGCUCCACGGAGCAGAGCAGCGCCUCGCGACUCAUGAGGAGGCACAAGCGGCGACGGCGGAAACAGAAGGUGCCACGGAUCGAGCGGUCUUCGUCCUUCAGCAGCAUCACCGACUCCACCAUGUCGCUCAACAUCAUCACCGUCACCCUCAACAUGGAGAAAUACAACUUCCUGGGCAUCUCCAUCGUCGGGCAGAGCAACGAGCGAGGCGACGGGGGCAUCUACAUCGGCUCCAUCAUGAAAGGAGGCGCCGUGGCGGCCGACGGGCGCAUCGAGCCGGGAGACAUGCUGCUGCAGGUGAACGACAUCAACUUUGAGAACAUGAGCAACGACGAUGCCGUGCGGGUGCUGCGGGAGAUUGUGCAUAAACCGGGGCCCAUCACCCUGACUGUGGCCAAGUGCUGGGAUCCCAGCCCCCGCGGCUGCUUCACGUUGCCCAGGAGCGAGCCGAUCCGGCCCAUCGACCCCGCAGCCUGGGUGUCCCACACGGCGGCCAUGACGGGCACCUUCCCAGCUUACGGCAUGAGCCCCUCCCUGAGCACCAUCACCUCCACCAGUUCCUCCAUCACCAGCUCCAUCCCCGACACCGAGCGCCUGGACGACUUCCACCUGUCCAUCCACAGCGACAUGGCCGCCAUCGUGAAGGCCAUGGCCUCGCCCGAGUCAGGCCUGGAGGUGCGCGACCGCAUGUGGCUCAAGAUCACCAUCCCCAACGCCUUCAUCGGCUCGGACGUGGUGGAUUGGCUGUACCACCACGUGGAGGGCUUCACGGAUCGGCGCGAGGCCCGCAAAUACGCCAGCAACCUGCUGAAGGCCGGCUUCAUCCGGCACACCGUCAACAAGAUCACCUUCUCCGAGCAGUGCUACUACAUCUUCGGGGACCUCUGUGGAAACAUGGCCAACCUCUCCCUGCACGACCACGACGGAUCCAGCGGCGCCUCGGACCAGGACACGCUGGCCCCCCUGCCCCACCCGGGGGCCGCCCCGUGGCCCCUGGCCUUCCCGUACCAGUACCCGCCGCCCCCGCACCCCUACAACCCGCACCCGGGCUUCCCCGAGCCGGGGUACAGCUACGGCGGGGGCAGCGCCGGCAGCCAGCACAGCGAAGGCAGCCGGAGCAGCGGGUCCAACCGCAGCGGCAGCGACCGGCGGAAGGAGAAGGACCCCAAGGCCGGGGACUCCAAGUCGGGCGGCAGCGGCAGCGAGUCGGACCACACGACCCGCGGCGGGCUGAGGCGGGAGCGGGAGCGGGGGCCCCCCGGCGAGCGCUCGGGGCCCCCCAGCGAGCACAGCCACCACAGCCACCGCAGCCACCACUCGCUGGCCCCCAGCCACCGCGCCCACCCCACGCACCAGUCCUACGGGCCCCCGGGGCUGCCCCCGCUCUACGGCCCGCCCGUCCUGGUGAUGCCGCCCCCGCCGCCGGCCUCCACGGGCCCCCCCGGGGCGCCCCCGGGCCGCGACCUGGCCUCGGUGCCCCCAGAACUGACCGCCAGCAGACAGUCCUUCCGCAUGGCCAUGGGAAACCCCACCAAGAAUUUUGGGCUCUUUGACUUUCUGUGAGCCCCCGGCGCGGGGAGCGUGGCCCCGGAGGAGACCAGGAGCCCCGGCUGCAGCCACCACACUGGGGCCCCCUCCGUGCUCCCCGAAGAUGCCCUCGGUGGCUUUCGGCAGAGUCCCCUGCAGC